AUGGCACCUUCGCACUAUCGGCGGGGCCGGGGCGACGGACCCAGUCGAGGGCGAGGAGACACGCGCCGCGACCGGGACGGACCGCUCCCCUCCCUGUCCCCCGCUGCGUCUUCGGGCCCCACAGACGCCGCGCAGUUGAACGCUGCAGACGCCCAGCAACCUCCGGCUCCGAGCCAGAGACUUGCCUCAGCGCCCCACGGGGCCAGCCGAGGGCGAGGAAACACGCCGCCCGCCCGAGGCCCGCGGGGCGCGAGCAGAGGGCGAGACGCCCCUGCCGAGACACGCGACCGAGAGGGCGGCCCUCCUGUCGCCUCGGGUGUCUCCUCAGGCGUCUCCUCAGGUGUCUCGGGGGCUGCGCGGGGCGAGAAGGCCUUUCCGCUCGCUCGAGCUUUCGCGAGUGGUUUGACGGGGGGUCGCGUGCAGGCAGGUCGAGGCAGAGGCGGCGGGCGCGCACCUGGCGUCGGCCGGCGCCGAUUCCCUGAAGAGGCGCAGAGCCCGCAGGCGUUCCGAAACGGCUCGGACGUUUUGGGUUCGCUGUCCACGGCCACGCCUCCGUCUUCGCGCAGUUCGGUCGUGUCGGGCCUUCGCGGCGGGGCCGACGGCCUCGCGCCUGCCUCCUUGCCUGCCUCGGCGCCAGGCGCGCCCGAGGCCCAGACGGCGGGGAGCCCGGAGCGCGCGCUGACCUUUCCCCAUCCGCAGCCUCCUGUCGCCUCGCCUGCGCCUGUGGCGUCCUUUCCGUCGACGUAUUUCUCCAGCCCCCCGCAGAGCGAGGCGACCAAGGGCGAGAUGGCCCCCGUGGAGGAGCUGCCGAUUAUGCGUUACAAAGACGUGAUUCUGGACCACAUUCGGACGCACCCCGUCACGUGCAUCCAGGGCGAGACUGGCUGCGGGAAGAGCACGCGGGUCCCGCGCUUCCUCCUCGAAGAGGACUUGCGGCAGAGUUUGGAGACCGGGGCGUCGGCCAGCGCAGGCGCGCGCAGGCUGAACGCGAUCGUGACGCAGCCCCGGCGCCUGGCCUGCAUCGCUCUCGCACGGCGCGUGGCGCAGGAGCUCGAGGAGCCGCUGGGGCGAAGCGUCGGGUACCGGAUUUCCGGCGACGCGGUGACCAGCAAGGACACAAAGAUCUGCUUCGUCACCACGGGGUACUUUCUCCAAGUCCUGAUCAACCAGCCGCACGCUCUCGCCUCGCUGACGCACAUCAUCCUCGACGAAGUCCACGAACGCGACCUCGACGCCGACCUCCUCUCGCUCGUGCUCAAGCUGCAGCUGAACCGAAAGUCGUCGCUGAAACUGAUCGUCAUGUCUGCCACGCUGCAGGGCAACCUUUUCGCGGAGUACUUCACGCCGGCCAGCGUCCCCGUCUCGCCCCGCAUCUACGUGGGGGCGAGACGGUUCCCUGUCCAGAGCCUCUUCCUCGACGAUCUCCUGACUGCCACGACGCGCCCGGAGACCCUCCGCGGGAAACUGCUGCACGUCGAGGACCUCACUGGCACGAGCUUGCUCAUGGAGGGUCGCGCAGACGACGACAGCCCCGUCCUCGGGCCCGAGCGCGAGACGGCCGGACGCGGCCGCCCGGAGGACAACGCAGGGAGAGCCGCCGGCGCCGGCGAAGGCUCGACGGGCGGCAUGCCUCACGUGAACCUCGUCCGCGCACUCCUGCAAAGGAAAAGUGCGCGGGCGGUCUCCGCAGGGUGGCAGACGAGCAAGGCGAUCCGCGAUGCGCUCUCUCUGUUUGACAGGAACUCGACCGCGGAGCUGCAGAAAAAGAGCCCUGGCGGCGGGCGUCUGCGCGGCGCUGCGGGGCCGCCGUCUUUGCCGAUGCGGAGUAGAACGGCAGACUGCUUUCGCGAGGGCGCACCCGUGGAGACUGCAGGGGGGUGGGAAGCCGAGCUGCAGACGUCGCUUCAGCCGCAAAUCAUGGACGGUUUGGACUCGGUGUGCCUGGACCUGGUGACCUCUCUCGGCUUUGGGGGCGAGACGAUCCUGAUUUUUUUGCCGGGGAUCGGCGAAAUCACCGAUCUGUACGAAACGCUCUCCCGCCUCGACUCCUCGACUGUGUGGACCGGGCCGACGAAUUCGUCUCUCGCAGACGUGGCCGGGGAGCGCAGAGAUCUCCCGAGCUCAGUCGCGUCCAAGGCUCCGAGCCACGCACUUCCCUCCGACUCCAGAGAGGCGAGGGGUGCACCGUCGGGAAGUGAAGAGAAAGGCGCCCGGCCAGAGCCGCUGAAAUAUCGCAUCUUCGUCCUGCACUCGGCCAUCAGUCGCGAGGAGCAAGAAGAAGUCUUCUCGCCGCCACCCAGUGACACUGUCCACGUCGUCCUCGCCUCGAACAUCGCCGAGAGCUCCCUUACCCUUCCGCAAGUCCGAAUCGUCAUCGACUUCUGCCUCAAGAGACAACUCAUCUAUGACCAGUUCUACGAGCGCUGCAUGCGCCGCUUCGACCCACCGGAAAUGCAGACUGCGCCUUUGGAGAAGCUGUACUUGACUGUGAAGCAUCUGACCCACAGUUUGAAUCGCUUGGCGUUGCGCGACGACGAGGAAGGCGAGGGGAAGGGCGAAAGGAGCCAGCUGGGUGAAGGGAGGCGCGGCGAGAACUUGCCUGGCUUCCUUGACGAACAAGGGUCCAUCAACCAGGCGCUCCACGCUCGAAAGCUAACUCCUUGCCAGCUGUUGCGGCUGACCGUUCAGCCCCCAGACGUGAGCGCUCUUGACUCGGCGCGGCAUCUGCUGAAUCGCCUCGGCGCCCUCACCAGCGACAGCGAAGACGCAGAAAUCACCAACCUCGGACUCCUGAUGAUGCAACUUCCCAUCGACACUCACCUCACCAAGCUGCUCAUGGUCGGCAUCAUCGCAGGCUGCACGAGCGAGGCACUCGUCCUCGCAACAGUUCUUGCUAGCCAGGAUCCGUUCACAAUGCCCUCGGGCCUCCUCAUCAAACACCCUGCGGAACUCGCCGAGCGUCUCCAGCUGUCGCUGAAGUCUCGCGCAGCCUACGACGGCGGUCACUACUCAGAGCCCCUCAUGCUCAGGAAUCUCUUCGUGGACUGGCUGACAGAAUUCGCCUCCAGUGUCGCGGGAGUGCGCUCGCGCCUCGCUCGCCAGGCAGCCAUGCGAAGGAAUCGAAGACUCGAAAUGAACAUGAAGAUGGAAUACCUCCGCGUCUCGCGAGACUUUGCGCGCGGGCACAGCGUGGUGGCGAAGCGCAUGGUCCAUGUGGCCAUGAUGUGCGUAGAUCUCGCCACGCGUCUAAAGCGUCUCCUUCGGCCCGACUCGGCUGCGGCGACGAAUCUGUCCUUCUUUGUCGACCUCCUCCAAAAUCCGACGAUCCACCCUCCUGCUCCGGGGGCCUCGCCUCCGCUUCUCGGCUCGACGCCUCCUGAAGCGAAUCCUCCCGCGCCCGACGCUCCGGUGUCACGCUACGCAUACAGCACGGCCCUCACUUAUAACGGCGCGGCCGCAGCUGCCGCUGUGCAAGAGCGCUUCACCUCCGACACCCUUCUCCUCAAAGCCCUGCUCGUCGCGGCCUUUGCUCCCUCCUUCAUUGUGGGCAAACCUCGAGUCUGCGUGGACGGCAAGGCGGUGGACCGCGUCGUCCCUCGGGCCCUCACCUCUGGCGGGCACGGAAAGGAAAACGCCAAGUGGGACCUAACCGAUUACGCAGCGGCGAUGCUGCGGCAAGGAUUGGAUCCUUCGCGGACGCUGGUGUUGCACGAUCGUCUAGAUAGUCGAACAGGUACGGUGUGCAGGCAAGUCCGCGCGUCGCUUUCUCUGGUGUGCGCCGGCAUGGACUACUCCAUCGUUCCCUGCCAAGGCAUGGAAGAAAAGUGUUUUCUGUACUUCCCCGAGAGUUCCGCCAAUGCCUGUCUGACCUUUGACGCCACCCGCUUGCCCAACAUUCUCAAGGCCCUGAAGGAGAAGCUUCUCACGCCGGUGUCCGCGGUGGGAGACAGCGCAGCUGGGGCUGCUCACUCCAGACAAGCGGGCGGCAGCGAAGACGGCCUGCCUGGACCUGGCGCGCCCGCGAGAGGAGCCACCGGCGACGAGGAGUUCGGUUUCCGUGCCCAGGCGGAGAAGAAAGUCCACGAAGAAAGAAUGGCCAAGACGGAAACGGUCGGCCUCCAUGUGCGGGUCGGGAGCGAGGCACAAGACACAGAGGGCGGGGAAGAAAAGAACGGCGAAGGAGCGAGUGAAGAAACGGCUAGUCAGGACGGCCGCCGCACCCAGUACUCGGCUACGUCCACUCUGGUUCUUGCUGCGCACCUUCCAAACCAAUUCGCAAAUGGAAGAUGGAAACUCUCGAUUGCGUUGCCGGAGACAGUCGAGUCGCCACAGCCGCCGACGGACGAGGCACUUCAGGGGCUAGGCGGUGGAGGCGUCUCAGGAUCUCAAGGAGGGCGAGGGUCGUCAGGGAAUCUCUCUGGACGCUUUGGCGCCGGCGCCUCGGGCUACGACGGCAGUGCGGGAGGAAAGGCACCUUUCGCCGCGAUGAAUGUCGAUUCCGGAGUUCAACAGUUCGAUAUGGUUCGCCCGUGCUCGCCUUUCCUCGUCUCUUGGCUGUUGAUGGGAGACGACCAGUCGGCGACAGCUGCAGGUCAGGGCGUCGAGGGCAAAGAAGAAAGCCGCACAGGGAAGGCAAAGAAGAAGGGAAAAGACCAAGGAAAGAAGAAGGCGGUCAAAGUUAAGGCAGUGACAAACUGUCGGAACCCAAUCGGAUUCUACUGCGCCUGUCCAGUACGUGUCGAGGAAGGCGGCGUCAAACUGUUCAGACAGCAAGAAGAAGUUUAUGGCGUGGUAACCAUGACGCAAGGCACCGACGAUCCACAAAUGUGCUGGGUGGAGGGCGUCACAGUGUUGCCACAGAAACACGCGGCUCUCCUCAUGCUCGCGUUCCUGAGUCACAAACACGACGCCGAACUGGGGAUCCAGGUCACCUCGACCGGGCCGGUAGUAAAGGAAAUAUCUCUCUUCAACGGCGUGAGAACGAUGAAGCUGCCGUUCUACGACGAGGGACCUACGGUGACGCUGGCCGACCUCUGGCGCGUGAACAAAGUGAGACGCUUGCUGUCGGAAGCCUUCGCUACGCCCAAGGGGACUGCAGUCAGUCGUUGGGGAAGCACAUCAGAACCGCGGCAUCAACCCAGCGCAGGCCGAGGUGCUGUGACGCAGCAGAUGCCCUCAUCCGACACUGUGAGCAUCUCUGCGGUGUCGGUCAAUAUGGACGCAUCCGUGCGCCUCGGCGGACGACCAGCCUCCGGUGCUGGCGCGGGUGCAAGAGAAGGAAAUGCAGGAGCCUCGGCUCCUCUCAAAGACGAGUCUGACCAGAUCAAUAUCGACGAAAACGAAGCUGUCAAGCAGGCCCUCUUGGAGAUGUUGCGAGCGUGCAACAAGGACGUCGAUGCUCUUGCUCUAAGCAAUUCACCACAAGAUGACUGCGUCAGGGUGCUCACAACCCCGGGAUACCUGUCUUGCUUGACUUCCAAUUUGGGAAAUUCAAUGAAGGCCGAUCUGAGCCUGUGCCGAAUCCCCGCCUUCGAGGACACGCACGGCGACUUGCUUUCUCCGUUCAAUUUGAGUGGUGUCGCUGGGAAAGUUGAAAGCGUCAAGUCGAAGGCCAUGAAUAUCCUGCAAGCCAAGGCACGCGCUCAGCAAGAGGCCGCAAGGCGAGAGGCGGAGAAGCGUCUCGCUGCAGCUCAGAAGCGCAAGGGAGCACAGCCGAAAGCAAACCAAAAGGGUGGCAGGAUGCCGCAACAGCCAGCGUAUCCGAUGAGUUCAGGCCACGGAAGGCAGAACUUCAACCCUUACGCUGGUGCGGUGGGAGAACCGGCAGCCGUCGGCGGCAAGCGGGAAGGAAAAAAGGGCAAAGGAAAGAAUGCAGCAGCCCCGGAGGUUCCGCCUGCACCGCAGAGUUCGCGCAGACAGCCGAGACAGGCCGCAAGUCAGCCAACAGCGUAUGGUAGAAUGACAGAAGCUGUUGGAACUCCUGGACAGUUUCGGAACACGCCUCUGCAGGAGAUAGGAGCGCAGUCGUAUCGACGAGGCGCUGCUCCUUUCCGGGGGGCUGGAGUGCCACAGGCAGCCUCAGAGCUUAUCGCCAGCCACACUGUAGCGUCUGCCGCCGGGAUGGACGCAAACUGGCACAACUAUGGUGCCGCGGCCGUCGCCGGCCCGAUGGCUGGAGCGUACGCCGGCGCGGAGCGACAAGGAUAUCGGUCGAGCUAUCCUUACCCACAACAGCAGGAGCAUGCUCAGCAGUACCUUCAGCCGCGCGGAGUUCUCCAGCAGCAUAUGGGUGCAGGCAAUGUCGGCGGAGCAAAUACGGCUGCCUAUGCGAUGACCCCAGCUGUAUACGCCCCUCAGGCAAACUAUCAGGUCCAUCAAAAUGCCGGCUACGUGGGUGGAGGCGGCUACCAGACCUUCGGGCAGCACCUUGGACCUACGAUGGGAAGAACGGCGCAAGCGCCAUUGCCGCACGCGUACCCAUCCGUGGGGCAGUUUGUUGCCGGCUCUCAGUACGAUUUCUCUGGCAACCGCUCGGUAGCCCCCGGGUACCAGCAAGAUUAUCGGUGCCCUGUGGUGCCCAGCUACGGUGCUAGGGGCACUAAAGAAACAGAUGGAUUACAGCGUCCAGGAGUGCCACAGGCUGACGGAGGCAGUUCCAUUUUUCCUGGCGCUGUGCCUGGUGCCGGGCGUGCGUUGAUGCAGAACUUGCAAAACAUGCAGAACCUUCAAAAUGCGCGCCGUUUUGCAGGAGACGGAUACCAGUAG